AUGAAGCCCUCGACGCCCCUCUACACUCUCCUCAACGCUGGCCUCUCGGCGGCAGCUAUCACCCACCCCGGGCUCCUCCACACAGAGGCCGACUUCACACGCAUCCAAGACUUCAUCUCCUCCAAAACCGAGCCCCAGCUAACAGGCUGGAACAAGCUCGCCGCCCACGCAGAUGCAGAGUACAGUCCCUCUGCCACUGAAACCGUCUGUCGCGGCUCCGGUUGCGACCCGGAGAACUACCCAACGCUGUACCGUGAUAUCGCGGCCGCAUAUACGAACGCUGUGUAUUGGAAGGUUACGGGAACCGAGGCGAAUGCGGACGCGGCAGCGGCAAUUCUGGAUGCAUGGAGUGGCACAAUGACCACGCUAGACGGGAGCUCCGAUCGGUUUCUUGCAUCUGGAAUCUAUGGGUAUCAGUUGGCAAAUGCGGCGGAGCUGCUAAGAGAUUAUGAGAAGUGGGAUAGAUUGGACAAGGUGGUAGAGUUACUAGAGGGCAUAUUUCUACCGAUGAAUGUGGACUUUCUGCAGAGGCAUAACGACGCGGAGAUUGAUCACUAUUGGGCAAACUGGGAUCUGUGCAAUCUUGCCAGCCUGCACGCGAUCGGUGUCCUGAGCGAGAACCAAACUGCGAUUGAUCAGGCAAUUACCUACUUCAAGGAAGGCGAAGGUAAUGGCGCCCUGAAUAACACCAUCUGGACUCUCCAUGAAGAGGAAGAUACAGGAAAAUCGCUAGGACAGGGCCAGGAGGCGGGUCGAGACCAGGGCCAUAGUCUGCUUGACUUUGGGUUGCUAGGUGUUCUAGCCCAGCAGGCAUAUAACCAGGGCGAGGACCUCUUUGCUCUAUGGGAUAACAGGAUUCUUGCCGGGGCCGAAUAUGUCUUCAAAUAUAAUACUGGCAACGACGUCCCUUAUACCAGCUAUACAAACUCCGAUGUCACCCAGGACGAAAUAAGUUCCAACAGCAGGGGGGGGAUCCGACCAAUUGCAGAAUUAUUAUAUGCCCAUUAUAGCGGGGUCAAGGGGUUGGAUGCCUCAUGGACCGGCGCCUAUAGGGAUGUUGUAGUUGAGGAUGGUGAUGGUGCUGAGGGGGGAGUUGGAGACUAUGGGUCGACCAGUGGAGGGUACGAUCAACUCGGAUUUGGGACGGCAUUAUUCAGGCUGGACUGA